GUUGGUUGGCGUGAUGUACUUUCUCAGUCUCAGUCUGUCUGUCUGCCUCUUCAAAGGCCAGAGCGGAAACAUGCGUAAACAGAAUCUUAAUUCCUAGCUGUCCUAGUGGCUGCCUUACGAUCGCAAUCACGAUGUUACCUACUGGUACGCGUCGGAUCCUUCCCGAGCGUGCUUUAUUAGCCAACUGUUAUGCUGUAUGCUGUCUUGCGGCUCGGUCAGGUACAGCACAGUACAGCAUCUUACGGAGGACAUCCGCUUGCCGUCGUCCACUAAGCAUCAACUUCAACCUUCUAACAUUAUACUUAUGUAGUCGACGUUGUUAAUGUUCA